AUGUUAAGCUGGCUGCUUCCACCCAUGGCUCUGCACACACACAGGGGCGGGUUGUGCCGGGGAGAGCGGGAGGCUGGGCUCCGAGGUGGCGGAGGCGGUGGAGGAGGAGAAAGCGGUGGCGGAGCCGAUGUUUCCCCAGCCUGCCUGCCUCCUUCGGUGACCGAGCCUUUCCUGCUGCUGGGCUGCUGCCUGCGGCCGGCGGACCCGACUGAGCGAGGGCGGCUGCUGACGCCGCCGGCCGAGAUGAUGGCGGAGGGCGGCGGCGGCGGACAGCGACUCAAGGCGCUGUCCCUGCUCGAGGGGGCAGCCCGCUGCCGAUACGAAAGCCUGCAAAUUUCCGACGAUGUCUUCGGGGAAUCGGGCCAGGACAGCAGCGGCAACCCAUUCUACAGCACCACCGCGGAGUCCCGCUCUGCCUCCGAGGAGGACGAGGAGGUGGAGGGCGAAACCCCCGAGGGAGGACGCAGCCAUCGGGGCAGGACUGGAGGACGCCAAGGCUCCAAGGCGUCGGCAGCGGAAGAGCAGGAGGAAGAGCAGCAGCAGCCGCAGCAGCAAGUGCUUGGAGGCUUGGAGGCGAGUUUCCUGGGUCCCGCGGAGCAACAGCCGCGGGAGGAGGAGGAAGGCGAGAGGGGCUGGAGCCAGAGCCUGCGGAACACCCCGACCCCUUCCUUCAAGGAUAGCAGCGGCCCUACUCGCAAAAUGCCACCCACUGCCAGUGCCAUGGACUUCUUCCAACUCUUUGUCCCUGACAAUGUGCUAAAGAACAUGGUGAUUCAAACAAACAUGUAUGCCACGAAGUACCAGGAGCGGUUUGGGAGCGAUGAGGCUUGGAUGGAUGUCACCCUGACAGAAAUCAAGGCUUUCCUUGCAUACAUGAUAUCUACAAGCACUCACCAUUGCGAGUCGGUCCUCAGCAUCUGGAGUAGUGGUUUCUAUAGCAACAAGAGCAUCGCAUUGAUCAUGACUCAGACGAGAUUUGAGAAGAUUCUUAAAUACUUCCAUAUUGUGGCCUUUCGUUCGAGUCAGACUACACAUGGCCUCUAUAAAAUCCAGCCCUUUCUGGACUCUCUGCAACAUAGCUUUGACUCUGCUUUCAAGCCUUCCCAGACACAGGUACUCCAUGAGCCUCUGAUUGAUGAAGAUCCAGUUUUCAUUGCCACUUGCACAGAACGAGAAUUACGUAAGAGGAAAAAGCGGAAAUUCAGUCUCUGGGUACGACAGUGCUCAUCUACCGGUUUUAUAUGCCAGAUCUAUGCCCAUCUGAAAGAAGGCAGUGGGACUGAAGGUCUGGAUGCUUUGAAGAACAAAGCUCAGCUUCACAGCAUAGUGGCCAAGAGUCUUUGUCAGAAUGUCACAGGGAAAAACUGCAUCAUCUUCACCGGCCCCAGCAUUACCAGCCUGAACCUCUUUGAAGAGUUUGAAAAGCAAGACAUUCAUUGCUGUGGAUUGCUAAGUGCAAGAAAAAGUGACUGCACAGGGCUGCCUUCCUCAAUGCUGAACAACCCAGAGACCCCUCAGUCUCGAGGGCAUUACAGGAUAAAAAUGAAAGGAAACAUGUCCUUGAUCUGCUGGUACAAUAAAGGCUAUUUUAGAUUUUUGACCAAUGCUUAUUCUCCAGUUCAACAAGGUGUUAUCAUUAAGAGGAAGAGUGGAGAGAUCCCGUGCCCUCUGGCAGUAGAAGCCUUUGCUGCCCAUCUUAGUUAUAUUUGCAGAUAUGAUGACAAAUAUAGCAAGUAUUUCAUUUCUCAUAAACCAAACAAGACCUGGCAACAAGUCUUCUGGUUUUCCAUCAGCAUUGCCAUAAACAACGCUUAUAUCCUGUACAAAAUGUCUGAUGCCUAUCCCAUGAAAAAGUACAGCCGAGUGCAAUUUGGUGAGAGACUUGUAAAGGAGCUGCUUGGAUUGGAGGACCCCUCACCAGGUCAUUGAUGGAUCCGUCUUCAUGGCUUAGGUUAGGAGUUGGGGAGAAGGAGGAAAGAGGAGAGAGAACUCUGGGAUGCCAAGAUGGGGAACUUGCUACUCCAUGUGACAAAAUAACUAGGGAAGCCAUUAAAUAUGUUGGUGUCUUCCCAAUGGCCUUGCUGAUGUUGAAAGGGCCCUCAAGAGAGCACCAUAUGGAAGCUGCACAAUGUGAGUGCAACUUGGGCACCGGUGCAUCAGAAGUGAAUUUAUGUUAGCUAUUGCUCAAUCUGAUUUUUCAAACAGGUUGUUAGUUGUCACACAGAUCCUUUUCCCUAUCCCUUUCCUAGCUAAAAAGGCUCAACAGUUCCAGUUGGGCAUGUUAUUGUUUGUUUUUUUUAAAUCAGUGCACGAUGUGUAAAGAUACGCACUGUUGUGUGGCUGAGAAGAGAUUGCUAGAAGAGAAAUAUUUAAAAAAAAUGUACAAAUCUAUUUUGCAAGCCAGUGAUUAGGCAAUGGCAGAUGGACAGUAGACUGAAGAUUUUAUUUUGUUGCAAUGCUUUUAGAUUGUAAAAGGGGGUAUAAUUUUGACAGAAAAUGCUUUUUUUUAAUAUAAAUGAACAGUCAGAAACUGAAAGGUUUACCAAACUAAGUUCAUUGUGCUGUCUGAAGUUAGUUAAGCUCCAAGUUUAAUUUCAGUUAUGCCAUAACAGAAGCAUAAGAGAUUUAAUUUAAUUGCAAUCAUCCUAUAUUAUUCUCCAGGCAUUGAAUUCCUCUACACAGUGUGAGAAAUAUACAAAACAUCCUCUGAGAAACUAGUUUCUCCUUAACUGUAGCUGGAUCUGUGCUUUUUUCACAGUGCUGCAUAAACUUAUAUGCCAAAUCCAGAGAUAAUUAAAGGUAAAAUUAAAGGUCCCAUACCUAAUGAUAUAUAUUGGAAAAUCUAAAACCAAAUAACAUAAACAAUGUGUUGCAGGUUGAUGAGUAAUUUGUGAAAUUGCUGACUGAGGCACAAUAUGUUUCAAAGCAUGUAUUUCCCUUUGUCCUUUAAAAACUCUUACCCAAAGCAAUUUAACAUUUUUAGAUGCUGAGAAAUAUCUCAGUAUCCUUGUAUUUGAGGACUGACCUGAACUAUACAUCUUGCCAUUCUGAUACAAUAGGGGAAUGAAGACUGCUCAUGAAGUCACUGCCCAAAAAUUAUGACAAUGUUUUCUUCUUUUGCUCAGUUAGCAGUCUUCCAUAGCGUCAGACUCCUCGGCCAGCUUUCUCUCAAAGCAUUUGCUUCAUUCUGACUCCAUUGUUUUGGCCAUCCUGCUGCCUUGCAGUUUAUCACAAACUAGACAUUUUUCAGACAAAAAAAUCAUUACUAGACAAUCAGAAACAUUUGCAUGUUAAAACUUUAUUAUGAACCAGUUCCAGAGCAUCUGAAAAAUUGUCAUGCUUCUACUUCAGCACAAAAAGGGCUGAGUAUCACAUGACUACUAGCCGCACGUGGGCAUGAAGAAAUUGCACACAAUGAAAAUACGGAGUUCAAGUAGAGCAUUCCAUUGCGUGGUACCAUUUAAAUAUACAGAGAUGACGUUCCCUUAUAAAACAAUUUGUCAGACAUGUGAAGAUGUGUUUCACGAUCCUUUAAUAAUUACAGCCUAGCAUAUCUAGGAGGAGAGAUUUGGGAAGGCCACCACAGAUGAUGUCAAUGUAAACAUCUUUUAUAUAAUGAUCUACAGUAUAUCUCCUCUGUAGGCUGAUGAGAACAGUUGUUUUCAUGCCCAUCAAGCCAAAAAUCAUUAUUGGCCAACCUUCUUGAGAGACAGGGAGAAGUGGUCUUUUUCAUGGUCAACAAGAAUCUUCUCCAGUAUCACAUAUGGGUGUCAAUCAAUGCAGGAUUGGAAAUAACAAAACUAUCCAGGUUUUGCAUGCCACUAAAAAUGUUGUUUAGGGAGACUAAGAGAAGAGGGCAAAACAGCGACCUGUGUUUAGUGAACUACUUUCAUCUUCUAAGCAGGCUCUUCGCCAGACUGAGAAAGACACUUAAAUGCAUAGAUGCAUCCAAGUGUAUUCAGGUAUCAUGGAUGUAACGAGAUACAUCUUUGGAUGCAUGGACACCAUCCCUCUAGGAUUAUCAAUUGCUCCUCACAACAUGACAGCCAUGACCAAUUGAGUCAAAGCAUUCAUAUAUUGCAGCUCUCCCACACCAUAUUGAACAACUGUCAAAGUAAUAUAUAGUAUAACCCAACCUCUACACCACUUUUCUAGCAACCUGGUAUUGGCCAGAUAUAUUGGAUUUAGUUCCUGUUCUCUCAUCCAGUAGGAACAAUAUUGUCAUGUGGGGAAUAAUGGGAGUUGUACUCCUAGACAUCUGGAGGAUUCCAGGUUGAGUAAGGCUAACAACACUUGGGUUCUCCCUUUCUUUGCUGAGAGUAUAUAUUGUUUCUAUCAUUUUGUUAAACAAUUGAGAUGUCAUUUAGAAAUCACUGUUAUCUACAGUCCUCUAGUGACACACAAUCAAUUGUGCAAUAUAAUUAUUUUACUUGUUUAAUCCAUACCAUUAGAUACUUCUGCAGAAGGACAGUAAUUCCAAAAAAAAAAAAAAAAAUCCCCAACGUGCUGGCUGGGGAAUUCUGGGAAAUGAAGUUCAUACAUCUUAAAAUUACCACGAUUGAGAAAUGCUAUUUUAGAACCUUUGGCUGAUGUUUCCAUAUUGUGGAAGGUUUCCUAAUCUGGCAGCUCUCUAGUUUAUUCCUGUUCCUGGGAGAAGCAUGGAUUAUCAGCAUUUGUAUAGAUUUUAGCGGUUUCGGCAUGUCAUAUUUAAUGGAUGGAAGGUAUGAACGGCCUUAUUAUAAAAAUACAAGAAAUACUUUCUGCUUUGCAUGAAGGAAAGGAAUGGCCAAGCUGAGGCUUGUGGACACACUUUAAAGCCCCAGGCUUUAUUUAUUUAUUUUCCACAUUUCUACCCCACUGGAAUCCAGAGACUCCACAGAAACAUCCACAAUAGAACAACAAUCAAAACAGUAAAGCAGGAUCAUCCAAACAGAAAACUACAAGCUAAAAAUAGAAAAUGAAGAUGGCACAAUAAAAUUAGGAGAAGGCUCUCUGGAACAAGCUCCAUUUUAAAAGCUUCCACGAUAUCAAUGAGGGGCCUAAUCUGGUCUCAAGCAGGGGGCUGUUCCACAGGACUGGCACUCCUCGCUUCAGCCCCCCAGACUUCUUGAAAAUGUGGGAUCAGUAACAGUUUCUUUCUGUUUGAAAUAAUUGGUUGGGGUGGUACUGGUUGGUGUAGGUGGUCCUGCAGAUAUCUACCCACUAAACCAUAAAGGGCUUUAUAGGUUAAAACUAGCACCUUAAAUUGUACCUGGAAACCAACUGGCCACCAAUGCAGGGGCUGCAAAACCAGUGAUGCCUCCCACGACAGGAGCUGGUAAGUAUGUGAGCUGCUGCAUUUUGGACCAGUUGUAUUUUCUGAGUAUUUUUGAGGGCAGGCCCCAAUACAGCGUGUUACAGUAGCCUAGCUGAGUGGUGAUAGGGGCAUGAGUUACUGUAGCUAGAUCUUCCUGCCCCACGUAUAGUUGCAAAUGAUGUACCAGCUGAAGCUGGGUAUAGGCACCUCUGACCACAGCUUCCAUCUACUGUUCUAGCAGGAGCUGUAGGUCCAGAAGGACCCCCAAGUCACAAACCUGCUUCCUGCUUGGUACUGCUUGUCCAUCAUGGAACCACUCUGAUGAUGACAGAGAACCCCAGUGUAUCCACCACCAUUCAGGCUUACUGAUUUGGCAAUCAGGAAUUUACAAUCCUACAAUGAAAAAAAUCCAUUCCUAAUUCUCCCAGGCUUGAAUCUCUACACUUUGGUGUUGAAAGUUAAGGAAAUAAGGCAUGUGUCUGUACCCGUGUUUCUGCAUUUAGUAAUGGGGAAUCAGAAAUUUGCACAUCGCCCUGUGAUGUGUCCACUGUCAUUCCCUGCACUAUUGAACUUCUCAUCAUGUCAUCUAUCUACUGUUCUAUAAAACAGUAAGUCUAUGAAACAGAAGUCUAUGAAAAAGGAAGCGACUUAACAUUUUAAAGCAAAAAAUAACUAAUUAAUUAAAAACAAAGAACUUGAACAAGGAGCCCUCAAAACUGAAUAUUAGAAAGACAAAGAUGCAUUUGUGAAACAUCUGUAUAUGCAAUCCAGCUUAAAAUUUAUCAAGUCAAUUUUAUCUGAGUUCUGAGGAGAUGUAGUAACCUUACAGAGUUCUAUGUCACCUCAUUUUUACAUCAAAAAUUGCAUCCCAUGCAAGAGUCUACAGCAGCUGGGAUCGUAAGAUCAGAUGUGAAGCCUAUAGCAAAUUUACCAUUUGGAACUUUGUCCUAUUACCUCUUACAUCCUAUUAGAAAAAUUAGGGCUAGAGCGUUCAAUAAAUCCUUUUUUAUUUAUACCAGAGCUAGGUGAUGUUUGGUGGGUGCACUUUAAAAAAAGAAAAUAGAGUAGCCUCAGCUGGGUACAUAGGCUAAUACCAGUAAUACUUCAUCCUUACAAAAUGUGAACUUGUAUUGUAUUCUUCCUUGUACUUUUCUUGAAUUUUAGAAUUUCUGUGCAAGGAUCCCUAAGUGUGCCAAUUUUUCCCCAAUUUGUCACUGAUUCUUAACAGCAAUUUUUAUCUUACAGAUUUAUAGACUGCCCUUGAAUUCUCCUGUCAGUGCUUAAAUUAGGAUAUAGCACCCUAACACAUAACAGCAGACUACACAGGUAUUCAAGCUGACAAUGUAUUCAUUCCUGAACACUGAACUUGGGCUUUGAGUUAUGCAUUCAUCUGUGUAAACACCACCCAGGUCAAGACAGGGUAUGUUGAUGGAAAUCUCUGGGACAGUGAGCCUUCUGUAGAGCUAUCAAUGGGGCAUGUGGACCCACCCAAAAGGUGUCAGACAUAGCACACCCACUGUGCUUUUCAUGGCACACAAUAUGUUUCCUGUACAUUUAUUGUUGCUUAGUGGGAUCCUGGUAUAUGAUAAUGAUCACUUCACUCAGUGACACUAAAUAUCACAGAUUUUGUAAAAAUUGUGUAAAUCUACAUAUCAUUAUUUAUGAAGAAGAGAGAUAAGACAUUAAACCAGGCAAUGUAACAUUUUAAAUGUAAAAACACCAUUCUUCAAAACUGUUCUUACAAGACUGGAUAUUGGUAUCAUUCUGUACCAACUAGAUUGGCUUAAUCUAAUUUAAAAAAGAGAAUUGUCAUCCCGAUUCUUCUCAAGUGUUGAGAUACAGAGCUCAGGCAGCAUAUUAAUUAGUUGAAUGAAAUGAAAAUAGCUCUCUGCUGGGUGGUAAUGUGCAACUUAGGAAGCUGAAUAGGCGUGGAUGUUCAGAAUACCAACUUCUUGUUUCUUCUGUGCAGAAGAUUAGCUGGACAUGGCAAGAUCUGAGGAGGAGAUUUUUUAAAAUUCUCUUCUCUUGAAAGAAUCCAGGCAAGAAAAUUAUAGGUGUAGGUGGGAUGCAGAGUAGAAAAUAACAUUCCUGCACAGCAGAUGGAAGUGUACCUGCCUUUCUGAUCAAGGCUCAGUAUAUUUUGUAGCCAUUCUGGUAAGCAGAAAGGUCAGUGGGAACUGCCAAUUUCCCAUUCUUCUAGGAGUUCUUAACUCCUGUCACUUACUCUCAAAAUAAUGUUGUAAUGGCAUUUGCAAAUUAAUCUGCAUUAACAUGUACAAUUAACAAAGAUCUUGCAUUCCACCACAAAGUGGAGUGGGGUGAAAAUAGUCGUGGCAGCUUCGCUUGUUUAUUGUUUCAUGUUUUGGCCUUUUUCCUUUUUGUUUUAAUCUGACAUAGUAGUGGGGGAAAAAAGCUUCAACCCUGAAAACAGAAGGAAAAUGUAGAGGAGACAAAAAUAAUCAGCCUAGGUCAAGUAACCUAUCUAUAGUAUUACUAUUAAAAUUGGUUUAAUUGGUUAGGAAAAGUGAAGGACAACUUGAACUAGCAUGCAGAAAUCCAAAACAAUUUAGAACCUACACCUUUGUAGAAAGUAGUAUGAAUAUCUAUCUUAUACUGGUUUAGGAAAUUCUGUACUUUUCUGAUUAUUGAGACCUCAUUUUUUUUCCUCUCCAAAAAAGCAAUUAAUACAGGAGGUCCUUGAUAAACUAAGCCAGGAAUGGCCCAGGUCCACUCCAUCUAUGCAUACUACAAUGUUAUGGUUGCUGCACUGUCGGUCAACACACAACAGCAAGAGCUCAGGGGCUGAUUUCAGUAAAACAGGCCAAGCCAUCAUGCAGGAAACAAAUGGUAUAUUUGGAAGGGAAGUCCUAUGAGCUAUAAUUUUUUCCUCUCCACUUUUGCAAUUUACACAUCAUUAAAUGAAGUAAUAUUCAGUACACUAGUGUAGUGCUGUUAUUGUGAAAAGUGUGUUCAGCAAUUUAUGUGUGAUCAACUCUGCUCACAAUACACCCAUCAGUGGCUGAAGUUCAGUCAUAAGCUUCCUUCCCAAAGUGUGUUGAACAAGAGGUUUUGUUAAACCAUGUCAAUGCCGGAUUAAAUGUGCAGUGCUGUCUUAUUAUUUGGAUUGAAAAAAAUAAUUAUUGAUUUUAUACAUAUGCAUUUAUUCGAGAAAUGCUUGUGUGGAAGCCCCUACACAUGAGUAAGGUUCCCAUCUGUAUUUCUGGCUCUUUGGUUCAAGUGAGGACCUAAAUUUUUGUGACUGUUUUUUGUUCUACACAAAAGCACGCUUGCAAUAAAUUUUUAGAGGUUUUCUAUACCAUGAGCUAAAUUCUAAAAUGUGAAAUGUGGUAACAGCACAACUCAAUGGAUUUAUAAUAUCACUCUGAUGUCGUGUAAUUUUUCCUUCCUUCCACAAAGUUUGUCUUACAGUCAACAACUUUGAA